AUGACUGCAGCAGCCACCACUAGUCGAGCCCCGCGAACGAGAAAAUCCUGCCUGAGCUGUCGAAUCCUCAAGAUAGCAUGCGAUAAAGCCCUGCCCGAGUGCUCAGCCUGCAAAACACGCGGAAAGGCAUGCUCGGGAUACAGUGAGAACCUGUCAUGGCCUCGGAAGGGGGACAAGCGUCGUGCGGCGACAGCAAACGUGCAGACCCGGAGCGCCUAUCGGGCUAAUCCAGUGGUGUUUCUCAACACAUCAACGUGGGACGUAAGCCUGUAUCGUGAACACAUUGACACGGGAGCUCAUAUGCAACACGUAGGUGUCUUGACACCAGCAGCAUCCCUGUGGUCGCCCAAACUAGGCUUCUAUGGGCCGCGAAUACCAUCGGCUAUACGCCUCGUCACAUCAGGCAAUUUCCAAGAUGACGUUUGUGGCCUCUUGUACCGCAUGUCGCUCGACGACAACAGUGUGCCGGCCUUGUCUGUUCGCCACUCCAUGAAUGCAAUCUCGCUAUUGUCAUUGCACAAGUCAGACGAGGCACUCAAAUACAAGAUUUUGGCUAUUUCAAAUCUCAAAGGUGCCCUCACACAGGGUCUGGACAAUAAGACUCGACCUCAGGCUAUCGCUACCAGCCUGCUUCUGACGCUAUAUGAGGUCCUCAGUCAAAGUGGCAAGACUCAGGACUGGUCGGUAUACUUUAACGGCUGCAUGAAUAUUGUCAACUCGGGCUUCAACAUUCAUCGAAAGUACGCGGGAGACUGUGCCAUCUUGCUAAACUGGGUUCGCUACCAUAAAGUACUGUAUAAGUUUAGCAUUCAACAUUGGCAGCAACGGACUCCACAGAUGGAAUUAAUGGCCAAAUCAGAUAUUCUUGUCUCCGACUCAGCAUAUGACAUUGAUGUUAUAACUAUGCACAAUAUGCUUGGCUGCUCUCCUGAAGUUCUUGAUUUCUUGAGCGAAGCAAUGGAUCUCGUCAAGAAUCGCGACGACCCCAAUUACCUAUCAAUCAACCGCCUACACGCCAUUCAUGAUCUUGAGCUACGUCUCAAGGAUAUUGAUAACUUGCGCGACUGCUUUGACGUGGGACAGGAUGAUAUCACCAUAAGCAAAGUUUCCGAAAGCAUGAAUGACAAACUGUUCCAAUAUGCCUUGGUCAUAUAUGUCGACAGAGUUGUCAAGGGUGCUUUCAUGUCUUCAACAACCGCCCGAAAUGCCGCCACCAAAGCAUUUGUACUGCUGGAGAGGAUCAGACUUUACGACCGUCCGUUCCCAUUGUUUGUUCUAUCCAUUCAAGCCGAGACAGACGAGCAGCGGUUGUUAAUUCUAUCAACAAUAAACCGGACAAUGGAGGCAAGGCCAAUGAAUAACUUGGGGCCGACUGAGGAGAUGAUUAAGAAAUUUUGGGCACAGCAGGACUUGGAAGGUCCUGAACAGGCUGAUGCGCUCUUCAUAUUAAAUGCUGUGAUGAGCGCCAGCAGCAUGCCACCAACCUUCACUUCCCCUUUUGUAGUUAAUGCCAUUACGGGUGCAAACGGCGUACCGUUUUUGUCUAUUUGA